AUGCAGACUGCUUCUACAAACAUUUGUGAAAGACUGUGCAAUAAGUCCAUACGUGAAAUUUCCUUGCUACUAAAUAUUCCACAGUCAACUGUUAGUGGUAUUAUAAAAAACUGGAAGAAACUGGGAACAACAGCAACUCAGCCAUGAAGUGGUGGGCCACGUAAAAUUACAGAGUGGGGUCAGCACAUGCUGAAGUGCACAGUGUGCAGAAGUCGGAAACUGUCCGCAGAGUGAAUAGCUAAAGAUUUCCAAACUUCAUGUGGCCUUCAGAUUAGCACAACAACAGUGCGUAGAGAGCUUCAUGGAAUGGGUUUCCAUGGCUGAGUAGCUGCAUCCAAG